AUGCCACCUAAGAAACAACAACUUAUAACUCAACAACUAAUAAAUAAUUCACAAACAAGAAAGAAACAACAACAACAACAAGAACAACCAACUAAUGACUCUGAAUUAGAGUGGAUUCCAACUAAAGAGGGUUUAAUGGCAAGUACUUCAUUAAUACAACUAAUUAAAAAUAAACCAAGAUCAAGAUAUAAAAAAUAUCAAGUUAAAUUAUUCUUGCAUCCAUAUUUACUUAAAAAAAUAACACCUAAAACAACACCACCAAUUGAAGGCAAUUCCGGUAUAGAGAUAACAGAAGAUGAUUUAAUUCAAAUGGAUAAAGAAUUAACAGAAGCUUUAAAACCAGAAUCAUCAUCGUCAACUACAACAACAACCAAUAGUAAUUAUAAAUUAGUCCCUAAAAAUAUAGUUCCGUUCCUAGAUGAAGAAUUACAAGGACUAAGUCUUGAUGAAAAUGAACUAAUUACAACAUCAGCAACAAUAUCAUUAUUAGAUCCAUUAUCUCAAACUAAAAUAAAAUUACCAGUUAAAUCAAUUAUCUGUACACAUUUUGAAUGUUUUGAUUAUGAAAAUUUUUGUACGUUCAACAAUAUAACAAUUUCAAUUAAAGAGCUCACGGCUAAAAACUUAAAAUCUCAGGCAGUUAAAAAAUUACAACAACAAGAACUUAUAAAUAAAUUAGAUAUAAAUUUACAAAAACAACAAAUCCAAAAAAGAAAAGAUGAAUUAAAAUUACAUCAAAAUUAUUUAAAUCAAAUCAAUCAACGACGAAAACAUCAACAAAAUGGAUCCAAUUUUAUAAAAAUGGUAACUAAUCAAACUAGUUCAAAUUAUAGAUCGAAUUUCAUUAUACCAAAUCAGAGUAUUCCAUUUUAUAAAUGUCCAAUAUGUGAAUGUUCAUUUCCAUUAAAUUCAUUAAAAAUUUCCGAUCCAUUUAAUUUCUUUGUCAAGAACACUGCAGAUGAUGUAACUAAAAUUGAGAUCAUAAAUAAAGAAAAAUAUAGAAUUUUAAAUGAUAAAGAAAGAAGUAUGAGUGUUAAACCUGAUGAAAUAUUGACUAUUUCUGAUGGAUCUGAUGAUGAAGACAAUAGAAUGAAAUUGGAUAAUUUAAUUGAAAGAAAUUUACAAUUGGGGUAUAAAAAUAUAAAUCAUUAUUGGAAUCCUUUUGAUGAUCAAGUUGGGAAUGGAACUAGUGAUGAUCCAAUUUUGUUAGAUUAA